GUCUUCAGUUGAGUUGAGAAUUUCAGUGAAGAAUAGUCUCAAAAAAUGCGUGCUUUAGUGCUCAUUUCAUCGCUCGUGGCGGUGGCAUUUGCCAGGCCGGAUGUUAGUCUUGGCUACCGGUAUAAUCAGCCAUCAGGAACCUUUCCUCGAGUCAAUGUGGACAUGGUACAAUCUCAGAGUUACGAAAUACCUGCAGGACAAUCAACUUUUGAGCACAUAGGAGGAUCAUCAAAUGUGGCCAGUAAUCAGUAUGUUCCACCGCGAGUGGAACCAGUCAACAAUCAAUACGUUCCUCCCCCGCCCAGCAAUCAGUACAUUCAACCCCGUGUCGAGACCCACUUCUCAGCCCCAGCUACAACCCUGUUAACCCCAACUGGAGGUCCUAGUCCGUCCAGCAGUGCCCCAUCCGUAAACUUUAUCACUUAUGCUGACCAACCAGCCCCUACUGCUGCCUCAAGCCUCCACACAGGGUUCUCCCACGAACACGUCAGCUCAGCCCUGCCCACCUUCCCCACCCUCGCUACCCCAACUGGAAGCUCUCAACUGAAUACCCAACAAUUCUCAACCGGCUUCAGCCAGGGUCACUCAACCGGUUUCGAUCAAGGCUCAACCACAGGUUUUGGCCAAGAUAUCUCAACAGGAUUCCACCAGGGUGGAUCCCAAGGCCUAACUACUGGUUUCGGUCAAGAUUUCCAGGGUGGAUCCCAUAUUACCCAAGGCGUAGCCCACAAUGAAGAGAUCCAACUUACUGGACGAGUUGAUUCAAGUGCAAGUCACGUCAACUUCCCCCCAACUAGGGUCAUUCAGCAAACGAACCCCGUUGUAACGAAACACACCUACGUCUUCGCCGCUCCUGAAGAAGAGGAAGCCGUCGCACCAUUGGAACCUAUUGUGCUACCACGACCUCAGACCCACUACAAGAUCAUCUUCAUCAAGGCACCGAGCACAACAAUUGUCAACAACCAGGCUGGUGCAGUUGCUCCUCAGAAGGACGUCAAAACCAUUGUGUACGUGUUGACCAACAAGAGAGUGAUCGACAGGACUGUUGAGGUACCAGAACUACCAGAGCAGAAGCACAACAAACCCGAGGUGUUCUUCAUCAAGUACAAGACACCCACUGAAAAAGUCGAAUCGAAGGCUGUGUAUGAGACUGUUGACCAAUUGGACGGCCAUGGUGCUGGUCUGUCACCACGCGUUGAAGCCAACCAAGUCUACGAACCUACGAAUGUCCAACACGAAGGAUUCCAUUCGGAAGGAAUCACAGCUGUUGCUCCACAGCAAGUUCAGAGCUUUGUGGCUAACCAUCCCGCCCAGAGCGACUUCCAAACCCUUCAUGCAUCAUCCGUUCAAGAGGUCCAGCCAUCCCAAGCUACCCUAACGUCCUACGACUCUCCACUCUAUCCUGGCUUGGGAUCAAGCAGUGGAUCUGUCAGUGAAAGUCAAUUUGGCGGAACAGCAAGUGGAUCUUCUGGUCAAUUCCUCAAUAUUGGAGGAGUUGGAUCAUCUUCAUCAUCCAGCCAUGCUACAAAUCUCGAGUACAUCCCACCAGUCGGCGGGUCGUCCUGCACCUCUUGCUAAAACGCCAUCCACUGCAUUAGUAUUUAAUAAAGCUUUUUUUUAAGAGUCUGUAGAAUUCGUUUUUUUGUAAUUGACACACUUGUAAUAAAUCACUGAAUACAUAAGCGAUGAAUGAAGGCAAAAAGUACACAAUACCACAAAAA